GCCCUCAAGUCCUCUAUAUAUACCAUCCCCCACUCACAACAUUCCCUCACUACUACACCUUCUUUAAUUGGCCCUCACAACACUACUACUACUAUAGGCCUUUUAAUUAAUUAAUUAGUGCACUACUUUAGGCCUUUGAUCACCAUGGCCACAGCUGAGGUCCAAUCGGUGACUGAUGUGUUGCUCGCGGAGGAGAAGGUAGAGAAGCAACCGAUUGCGGCCGAAGAACCUCCGAAAGAGGUAGUGGCGGCGGAGGCGGAGGCGGAGGCCAAGGCCGAGGAGGCGGCUCCGAAAGAAGAAGAAGCGGCCCCACCGCCGCCCGUGGAGGCCGAAGAGACUAAGGAGGAGGCAGCAGAAGAGAUCUCUACUGUUGUUGCUGAGGAGGUAAUUGAGACUAAAGAUGCAGAUGCAGAUGCAGAGGCCGAUCAACCAGUCGUAAAAGAGGAAGCAACAGAGGACAGGAAAGAAGAGGCCGCUGCUGCUGACGUGGCGGAGGAGAGCCAGGUGGCAGCUGAAGUGGCGGAGGAGAUCCACGUGGCAGAUGACGUGGCGCCCGCUGCGCCUGCUGAGGUGGAGGAGAAGAAAGAGGAGGUGGCAGCGGCUGAGGAAGUACAGGAAGAAGCAGCUGAGAAGAGUGAGUAGAUGAUCUCGUGUGAAUGAGUUUUUGAGUUUUAUUAUUAAUUAAUUAAUUAAUGGGCGUGUGCUACAGUUAGUGUGAGAGGGGACGGGCUCAGAGAAUAAAUGUUGGGCCUUUUUGGGCCUAGUUUUUUCGUUGGUUUUUAUUAUCUGGUGUGGGGCUUUAAUUUAGAGCUUUUGUAUUAAUGUGUCUGUGCUACUUAAUAAAUCUCUAGAAUUUUAUAUUAUAA